AUGUCGACGACAGAGAGAAAGCCGAAGGAGGCACCAGAGCAGUCUGGCCGCAAAGGCAAGCCCCGACCACCACCGUCGCCCUUUUAUAUCCCUCUGAAUAUCACUCUGUAUCUGUUUCUGGUAUCUAAUGGCCUGGCGGCGCUAUAUGCUCCUAUCCAGGACUGCGAUGAAACGUUCAAUUUUUGGGAACCAACGCACUACCUCAGCCAUGGGUACGGUCUGCAGACAUGGGAGUACUCGCCAGAAUAUCGCAUUAGAAGCUGGCUCUACGUGACGCUACAUACAAUCAUCGGGAAAGCUGGAUCCCUGUUCUCCAGGAGCAAGAGCGCCGAGUUCUACAUCAUCCGGCUUUUCCUCGCCCUCGUCUGUGCGGCUUCUCAGACCAGAUUAUACUCCGCAAUCUGUCGGACUCUCAGCCCUCGGAUCGGGUUGAUGUUUCUUGUGAUCGCUGCGUUCAGCCCGGGGAUGUUCCAUGCAUCUUCGGCGUAUAUCCCGUCGAGUUUCACCAUGUACACGUCAAUGCUGGGGCUUGCAUCAUUUCUUGACCGGAGGGGCGGGCAGAAGACGGCGCAAGGCAUUAUGUGGUUCGGAAUCGGCGCUGUAGUUGGCUGGCCGUUUUCCGGGGCUUUGAUAGGGCCUUUGCUGCUUGAGGAAAUUAUUGUUGGCUGGACAUCGGGCAGUAUGGGCUCUGUUAUCCGAAGCAUCAUCGAUGGGACUCUGAGGUGCCUGUUGGUUGCAGCAACGGAAACGGCAGUUACCUCCGCUUUCUUCCAAAGAUUUGCGUUCGUGCCUUGGAAUAUCGUCGCAUACAACGUCUUCGGCGGCCAGGACAGGGGUCCGGAUAUCUUUGGAACGGAGCCUUGGACAUUCUAUAUCCGGAAUCUGCUCUUGAACUUCAACGUCUGGUUUAUCAUGGCCAUGCUGGCUGCGCCUUUCUUGGUUCUUCAAGCGCUGUUUCGGUCCAAGGCUACUUCUCAGCGGACGCCGCUGCGCUCUCUCACUCUCGUGGCUCCUUUCUACUUGUGGCUGGGCAUCUUCACUGUUCAGCCUCAUAAAGAAGAAAGGUUUAUGUAUCCGGCAUAUCCAUUUUUGGCCCUCAAUGCGGCCAUCACCAUGCACUUGAUACUCAUCUUCCUCAGUUCCACCAAUCCCAAGGAGAUUGUUGGCCGGGUCCCCGUAGAAAUCAGGCUUGCCCUGGUUUCUGCGCUCGCUAUUUUCGCUGUCAAUGUUGGCAUCCUCCGUAUUAUUGGCAUGGUAACAGCCUACAAUGCGCCGCUCAAGGUCAUCGAAGCCCUAGGAAAGCAGGAGGUCUCUAAUGUCGCCCAGACGGUAUGCUUUGGCAAGGAAUGGUACCGAUUCCCUUCGUCGUAUCUCCUACCUGAAAACAUGAGGGCCAAAUUCAUCCGCAGCGAAUUCGAUGGGUUGCUGCCUGGGGAAUUUCCGGAGGCUAAGGGUUAUUUGGAUCGCGUCAAGGGCGCCUCCCUAAUCCCCACGGGGAUGAAUGAUUUAAAUCAGGAAGACCCGGAGAAAUACGUCGAUAUCUCCCAAUGCUCUUUCCUUGUCGACUCGUAUUUCCCGAGCAGCAUGGCCACGGAGCUAGAGCCUCAUUACAUCCUCAACGAGGCCCAUUGGAAAAAGGUCUCAUGCCAGAAAUUUCUUGAUGUCUCGCAGACAAAUCUUCUUGGUCGAUUAAUCUGGAUUCCGAAAUUGCCUUUUCUCCCGGAUCGCUUCCAGCGCAAAUGGGGGGAGUACUGCCUUUUUGAACGACAGAGGCAUCUGCUGAUAAUAGAUACCUCUGUAGAAUGGAUCCCGUCUGAUUUCAAGAGGCCAGCGGCAGCAGCGUUUCCAGAUUGGAAUGUGCAUACCACGAAGCCUAUUCCGUAUCGUCCUUUCCGAUAUGGCCCGAAAUAUUUCGUGACCAUGGGGUUGAGAAGUUUGAAGUGGGAUGAAUGGAUAGAACUCGAUAAUCACUAUCUCAAGUAUCAUGCCGACAAAGCUCGUCGAAUUGAGGAACGCGGUUCGAAAUGCAGCAACACGGCUCCGGAAGCGAUGGAGGGUGCCAUCGAGCUGCUCGAAGAGCUGAGUGCCUAUCUGCCAGAAAGAUAUCCCAGCAUGUUCACCAAGACGGCCGUUGGUAUGGACAAUACCGUCACAGGCGAAUCCUUCAACAUUGUACAACGCCCGCUUGCCGAAGACCCGAUGCAGAUGGCUGGCCGGAUGGUCCAGGACGAUCUGGCUCUGAUGUUCGAAAAGUCCGAUGGGGAAUACUACCUCCUCGCCGGGUCGGUCCUGUUGGCGGGCUUCUGGCGUCUCGAAGACAAGUACGGCAUGCGACUUUCCGAGAUCCAUACCUCGGGCGACGUGCCGCAGUACAAGGAGAAACUCGAGAAGGGGAUGAUGAACUUUUUCCGUCGGUUGAAACCCGAUGAUCCCAUGCUGCGCAACAACUAUUUCAUCCAGGUAGACGAGUCUCUGCCCUGGUCGUACAGCAUCGGGUCCGAGGACGCGGCCGAAGUGAGCUGGAGCACCGCGGAGAAGAACAAAGCGAUCGAACAUCACUAUUUUCGGUCGGAGAGGCAGUCGCUGCGCAGACUGCCACGGUCAGGCGCAGUCCUGUUCACCAUCCGCACCUACUUUGAGCCCAUUACAGAGAUCGUAAAGGAGCCUUAUGUGCCGGGGAGGCUGGCGAGUGCGGUUCGCAGCUGGGGCGAUGACGUCUCACGGUACAAGGGAAAAGAGAAGUAUGAAGAGGUCUUGCUGGAGUAUCUGGAUAAAAAGCAUCAAGAGCAGGUGGCUGCAGGUUUGAAGCUGGAAGAAGAGGAUGAAGUUCGAAAAUAUCCUUUAUAG